AUGUUGCUGAGCAUCUUCAGAACUUCCUUGACCCAUGUCCUGGGGGGUUUCACUCUUCUAUCAACAUUCAUUACCACUAUUUUGAAUGGUAUUUGUUACAGCUUCUCCAGAUCUUUAUCAUCGCACAUAGCCUCGGUCGAAUCAGCUAUUGUGAGCUUGGGCACUAUUAACUGUGCAGUAAUCACUGCUUUGUUAUUUCUCUGGGCCAAAGAUGUUAAUGCAAGAAUGGGAGCACAGUGGAGGAGUCACAGGGCAAUUUUCUACAGUCUGAUCGCCGUCUACCUCUCCAUUGCCACCGGAAUCACGGCAGGAGGAAUCGCCUGGAGUGCGGUCCAAUCUAUGACAGGGAAGACGAGCGUGACCCACAAGCACCAGACGCUCAUGCUGUCCCGCUGUGUUAUCUGGGCUAUCUCCGUAUUAAGCCAGGGGAUUCUAGGUGGCUAUCUCCUGACCUCACUGUCGAAACGAGAUGCAGGCGGUCGAUGGUCAAGCGCGCUCUCUCAGGAACUUGAGAUUCUUCCCGAUCAAGUCAGUGUUGGCGACAAAGAAGAGGUGGUAAAAGCUCCGUCCAUAGUUCUCGAGUCCCAGCGGCCCUCUGGUGAAGGCAAAACAAGCGGCGAUAUCGUGCCCGAGCUCCAGCCUUCUGCUUCGCGCACAGAGUCUCAGACCUCUAAUCGUUAUUCCGGCCGGACACUCUAUCAGCAUGACUCGAAACAAAGCUCUCUUGAUCUGCCGCGAACUCACCUGGCGGGUGCUGAGAGUACGGUACCUCGUUAUCAAGCAAGGGAACAGCCAGAAAACUUAACUGUUCAACCUGGUGGAAAGGAAGAGCGGAAUGAGCCACCUACAAUCCGACGAAGCUACUCUGGGCCAAAGCGUUCCUUUGAAGGGUUACCCCGUCAGUCUUCCGUAAAUCGAUCAUCCCCUGCCACGUCUUCCACGCAUUUGGCAGCUACUAGUCGACCUGUUCCGCCAAAAUUGAAGCUCCCCGACGAAAGCUUCAUCCACCCAUUGUUUAGGUCCGAUAGUGCAUCGCCACCCCCAACUCCAAUGCCAGGUACCACUGUGAUCGCUUCACCGGCAGCUGGGCAGACUAUUUCCGUGCAGACAUUGAACCGAGUGAGAUCCACCCGAUCUCUCCGGUCCCAUGCGCCCCGAAGUCGAUCACCUUUAUUUGAGCAAGUGGACCAGCCGCUUGCCGAGCUGGAGCGAAAGUCGGAUUCCCCGGAGCCCAGUGGUCGGGAGUCUCCCAUGCCCAAUUUCAUUCUGGCAGCGGAUGUGCGAAGCAGUAUUACCCGGUAUGAGAAGAAAUAUGACUUGGAUGAAUCCCCCGACGAGAGCUAG